AUGUCUGAGAUUGAAAGAAAUAUUGAAUCAAAUGUAAUUGAAGGUAAUCAAAUAAAUGAAAAUAAUUUUAAUGAAAUUAAUUUAAAAGAAAAAGAUAUAUUUGAAAAAAUUACAGGAAUUGUAAUAAUAAUUGUAAUUUGUGAAACAAUAUUUGGAGUUAUAUCAAAUAGUAUAUCAUUAUUAGCAGAUUCAUGUCGAUUAUUUGUUGAUAUUUUCAUGUAUUUUAACUUAUCUAAAAAUGUUACAAAAAAGCAAAAAUUUUUAGAAUCACUUUUUGUAUUUAUUGGUAUUGUAUUAGCAAUAACUUUAGCAGUAUUAUAUAUUAUAAUUUCAACUAAAAGAUUAUAUUCAAAUGACAUUAAAAUUGAUUCAACAAAUAUGCUAGUUGGAGGUUUCCUAGCAAUACUUGCAAAUAUUGGAAUGUGUAUAGUUCAUGCAUCAGAUAUUUUUAAACCAAGAAGAUAUACAUUACUAUCAGAUUUUAUUAGUAUUAGACUACAACAAUCAUGUCAUAUUUUUAUAAAUCAUGGACUUGGAUUUAUUGUUUUUAUUUCAGCAUUAUUAAUAUAUAUUGAUAAAUAUUAUAUAUUUACAGAUUCAAUUUCUGCAAUUGUAAUGUCAAUCCUAAUUUUAUCAAAUACCUUAGCUAUAAUAAAUAAAUAUCAAAGAUAUUUUAUAAAGAAAUAUUCUUAUAUAGAAAUAUCAUCUACAAACAAUGAAUAA